AACUUGUCAGAGGAAGAGUGGGAGAGUGAGGAUGAGGACGAGAGAGGUCUGGACACUCUGGAGAUGGGAGGAAGCAGAUCGGGAGCACAUAGACCAGCGGCGACUUCAGCGAGAGUUGGGCCAGAUGCACAUGAAGCAGAUGCUGAUAGAGGACAAGAAAGACAUCCGACUAUUGCAGGAGAUGCUGUUGGAGGAUGGAGAACUACACAUUCAGAAGGAAGAAGGCAGAGACUGUUCCGAUGGUCCAACAACAGUCAUUUUUGGAGAGGAAGAUAACAAAGCCCAGAUACACUCUGAUGACGACAAUGCUGAUGAGGAUGAAGAUGAAGAGAGUUGGCGAAGAUCACGACAUGAAAGAGAACAAUAUCUUAAGGAACACAAGAGGGAAUCAGACAGUCAGCUGCUGAAGUUGGGACAGAAAGCUCUCAAGAGAAUGAGCAGUAGUAGUCAAGAGACCAAACUUACUCCCACCGUGGACCCACUGGCCUCACCUAACCCUAAGAAGCCCUUCCAGCAGUUGCUGAAGAGAGGCUCGUUCCUGACAAGAGGGGAGCAGGUGCUGUCUCGCCUUGCGCAGAUGGUGGCCAGCUCAGAUGCUACAACCAAUGUUAACCAACCGAAGAAUUCCCGCAACUUUGUCUUUGCCUCCAUCAGCCCUACCAAAGAUAAAGGGGAAGAACCCAAGCCUAUCCAG